AAAAAUGAUAAGAGAGAUCUAAAGAAAACAAGCUGAUCCUUCUGAGGGACAUAUCGAAGCCAGAUAACCCAAGGUAAUCACAGCAAGAUACAGCCAGCCUUAAAGCUAAGUACUGUGCAAUUAGCUUUACUUCCUUGGGUUUUUGAAACAUGCAUCUAUAUAAACCUGCCUGCGCAGACAUCCCUAGCCCCAAGCUGGGUCUACCAAAAUCCAGUGAAUCGGCCUUAAAAUGUAGACGGCACCUAGCAGUGCCCAAGACUCAGCCUAAGGCAAUCUACGGGCCUGUUAGGCCCAGUGGAGCAGCGGAACAGAAAUAUUUGGAAACGUUUUUACGUGUCCAUGGAAUUUCGUUGCAGGAAACCACCAAGGCAGAGACCGGCAUGGCAUACAGGAAUCUUGGAAAAUCAGGACUCAGAGUUUCUUGCUUGGGUCUUGGAACAUGGGUGACAUUUGGAGGUCAAAUUUCAGAUGAGGUUGCUGAACGGCUGAUGACAAUCGCCUAUGAAAGUGGCGUUAAUCUCUUUGAUACUGCUGAGGUCUACGCUGCUGGAAAGGCUGAAGUGAUUCUGGGCAGCAUCAUCAAGAAGAAGGGCUGGAGGAGGUCCAGCCUGGUCAUAACAACUAAACUCUACUGGGGCGGAAAAGCUGAAACAGAGAGAGGGCUGUCAAGAAAGCAUAUUAUUGAAGGACUGAAGGGUUCCCUCCAGAGGCUGCAGCUCGAGUAUGUGGAUGUGGUCUUUGCAAAUCGACCUGACAGCAACACCCCUAUGGAAGAAAUUGUUCGAGCCAUGACACAUGUGAUAAACCAAGGCAUGGCAAUGUACUGGGGCACGUCAAGGUGGAGCGCUAUGGAGAUCAUGGAAGCCUAUUCUGUAGCAAGACAGUUCAAUAUGAUCCCACCAGUCUGUGAACAAGCUGAGUACCAUCUUUUCCAGAGAGAGAAGGUGGAGGUACAGCUGCCAGAGCUCUACCAUAAAAUAGGGGUUGGCGCAAUGACAUGGUCUCCACUUGCCUGUGGAAUCAUCUCAGGAAAAUAUGGAAACGGGGUGCCUGAAAGUUCCAGGGCUUCACUGAAGUGCUACCAGUGGUUGAAAGAAAGAAUUGUAAGCGAAGAAGGGAGAAAACAGCAAAACAAGCUAAAAGACCUUUCCCCAAUUGCUGAGCGUCUGGGAUGCACACUACCUCAGCUAGCCGUUGCGUGGUGCCUGAGAAACGAAGGUGUGAGUUCUGUGCUCCUGGGAUCAUCUACUCCUGAACAGCUCAUUGAAAACCUUGGCGCCAUUCAGGUUCUCCCAAAGAUGACAUCACAUGUGGUAAAUGAGAUUGAUAACAUAUUACGCAACAAGCCCUACAGCAAAAAGGACUACAGAUCAUAAGGCAAUGCAUGAGCCACAGAAGCUGCAUGGUUAAAUAGCGGCCUGCACCCAGUACAGAACAGUGUUACUAGCCAGUCUUUUGAAUCACUUAGCAGCCUGCUGCUCAACCUCUAGUGUCCCUGGAUUCUCUGAGGUAUCUGCUGUUGCUACCACUGUGCACAUCUGAAAACUCACAACCAAGAAAAUCUGUUCUAUUUUCUUACCUUGGACUGGAAUCAGCUAUUCUUGCAUUGCUCUGUACACCUCAUGCUUAUGCAAUGG